AUGUCGUUCUUCAUCGAAAACAAACAUGUCGGCAACCAGGAGGACUCUGAAGACUGGAGAAUUCGCGGCUACAAUCCAUUGACGCCUCCCGACCUGCUGCAGCACGAGAUCCCCCAAACGGCGGCGUCGAAAAAGACGGUCAUCGAGUCGAGAAAAGAGGUCGUUUCCGUCGUCAACGACACGGAUGAGAGAAAGCGAUUGCUCGUCGUCGUCGGCCCCUGCUCGAUCCACGACCCAGACGCUGCUCUGCGGUACUGCGACCUGCUGCUGGAGGCGAAGGAGAAGCACAAGGAUGAGCUCCUCAUCGUCAUGCGUUCGUACCUGGAGAAGCCGCGUACCACUGUCGGCUGGAAGGGCCUCAUCAACGAUCCCGACAUCGACGGCAGCUUCAAGAUCAACAAGGGCCUACGCCUGUCGCGCCAGCUCUUCGUCGACCUGACGGCCAAGGGCAUGCCCAUCGCCAGCGAGAUGCUCGACACCAUCUCCCCUCAGUUCCUCGCCGACCUGCUUUCCGUCGGCGCCAUCGGCGCCCGCACCACCGAGAGCCAGCUGCACCGCGAGUUGGCUAGCGGCCUAAGCUUCCCCGUCGGCUUCAAGAACGGCACCGACGGCUCCCUCGGCGUUGCCAUUGAUGCCAUCGGCGCCGUCAAGCACCCCCACCACUUCCUCUCCGUCACCAAACCCGGCGUCGUCGCCAUCGUCGGCACGACGGGCAACGAGGACUGCUUUGCCAUCCUGAGAGGCGGCACCAGCGGCACCAACUACGAUGCCGAGAGCAUCGCCCAGGCCAAGGCCUCGUUGGAGAAGAAGGGGCUCAGCCCAAGGCUCAUGGUGGACUGCAGUCACGGAAACUCGCUCAAGAACCACGAGAACCAGCCCAAGGUGGCCGCCAGUCUGGCCGAGCAGAUUUCCAAGGGCGAGACGGCCAUCAUGGGUGUCAUGAUUGAGAGCAACAUCAACGAAGGUGCCCAAAAAGUCCCCGCCGAGGGCAAGUCCGGACUCAAGGAUGGUGUCAGCAUCACGGACGCCUGCAUUCACUGGGACGACACGAAAUCCGUGCUAGACUCUCUCGCCGAUGCCGUCAAGCAAAGACGCACACUGCUCGGUGCCAACAGCAGCAGCAGCUGA